AUGCGAGCGCCCAGGCGGCGGCGGCGGCCCGGGGGCUUCAGCCAGGGGGGUCCCGCGGGCAGCUCCACCAUGUCGGACAGUGACCCGGGGGACGAGGACGGCGCCACAUCCCCCGACCCCUCGCAGUGCAAGAGGAAGAGAAGGGGCAACCUCCCCAAGGAGUCGGUGAAGAUCCUGCGGGACUGGCUGUACGAGCACCGCUUCAACGCCUACCCCUCGGAGCAGGAGAAGCUCAGCCUCUCGGGGCAGACCAGCCUCUCCGUGCUGCAGAUCUGUAACUGGUUCAUCAACGCGCGGCGGCGGCUGCUCCCCGACAUGCUGCGCAAGGACGGCAAGGACCCCAACCAGUUCACCAUCUCCCGCCGCGGGGGCAAAGCCGGCGACGCGGCUGUGCCGCGGGGCGCUGCCGCCGGCCCCGGGGUGCUCGUGGUGCCUCCCGCGGGCGCCUCCAAGGUGCUGUCGAUGUCGGUGUGCCCGCAGGUACUGUGCCAGCCGGCGCGGGCGCUGGCCAUGGUGAGCGCCCACAGCCCCGAGUGGGAGAAGCCCCCCGGGCCCGAGGCCAGGGCGGGCCCCGGCAGCAGCACCCUGACCCUGCUGGCGCGGGCCGAGGCGGGCAGCCCCACACCCGGACUCUUCAACACGCCGCCCCCCACGCCCCCCGAGCUCUUCGGGGACGACUUCAGCAGCUUCCAGCUGCUGGUGGAGGUGGCCCUGCAGAAGGCGGCCGAGCUGGAGCGGCAGCGGCAGGGGGGGCAGCUGCCCCUGGCUCCGCACGCCGAGCCCCCGGGAGCCUCCAAAUAG